AUGGAGGCAAUCUCCAAGCAGAUGUACGAGAGGCCCUGUAUCUACGUGACCACAGUGUCGACUCUCCUGUGCCUGGUAACCAUUCCCGUCUGCCUGGCCAUCUUCACCAGCACCCCCCUCAUGCACGGUCAGCAGCUCGCCAUGGCUAUAGACAUGAUCGCGGUGGCGCUGGUCUGUGUGCUAGUGCCUGUUAUAGUGGGAAUCCUACUGCAGCAUUACUGCAAAAAGAUCGCUGACGUGCUGGGCAAGCUGGCAUCUUACCUGGGCGGACUCCUCCUCAUCAGUAGUAUCAUCGUGGCGACUGUGAUCUACCGGGCGGUGUUCCGCGGUCCUACGGGCGUCCUCGUCAUCGCCGCCGUAUUCCCUCCCUUCUCCCUCCUCUUCGGUUACGCCUGGGCCAUCGCCUUCAAGGAGGACCCUGCCGUGGCCAAAACGGUAGCGGUCCAAACAGGCAACCGCAACGUGUCUCUCUGCCUCUCCGUCCUGAAGCUGGCCUUCCACGACAACUUGGCAGACCAGAUCCUGACGUUUCCAAUAGAGUACUGGCUGAUACAGAACGCGUUCACCCUACUGGUGGCGUUGCUGUAUCACACGUGGAAGACGUACCGCUACCCCGCCGGGAACAACAGCGAGUCCCUGCGCAUCCUGGGCGAGAAGGUUUCCCAGCAAGAGGAGGAGGAGGAGUCUGAUGGGGCUUAG